GCUGCUAGCUAGACAUCAGCCACUACAAGCAGCACAAAUCUUUUUAAAGUGUCAAGAUACAUACCAAUGCGUGGAGAAAGGGAUCCUUUGGUUCUUGGUAGAGUGAUUGGAGAUGUCAUUGAUCCCUUUACAAGAUCAGUGUCUCUUCAAGUCAAAUUUGGUUCUAAGGAUGUCACUAAUGGCAGAGAGUUCAAGCCUUCUCAAGUAGUCAACCAACCCAGGGUUGAAAUAGGCGGCACUGACCUUACCACCUUCUAUACACUUGUGAUGGUUGACCCAGAUGCACCAAGUCCAAGUGAUCCAAAUCUUAGAGAGUACUUACACUGGUUGGUCGCUGACAUCCCAGGAACCACAGGAACAUUGUUUGGGCAAGAAAUUGUGUGCUAUGAAAGCCCAAGGCCAUCACUAGGAAUUCAUCGAUAUGCCUUCAUUCUCUUCCAGCAGUUGGGAAGGCAGACAGUGUAUGCGCCAGGUUGGCGCCAGAACUUCUACACUAGGGACUUUGCCGAGUUGUACAACCUCGGUGCCCCUGUCGCCGCUGUUUACUUUAACUGUCAGCGCGAAUCGGGUUCCGGUGGGAGGAGGAUGUACAACUAAUGUUAUCAAAAUCAAUAGCAAAUUAUACACUAGUAAUUAAUGAAUGAAUCAAAUAUAAUAAGCAUAUGAUAAUGAACAAGAGAGUGUAGCCAUCUUGGCAGAAUGAUCAAUAACUUCAUGCUAUUAAUAAUGGCUAGCAAGUGAUGUAUGAAAUAAACGUGCGAGGAUAUUUCUAAAUAUAUAUGCAUGAUUUUCAUGUUAUUAAUAAUGACUAGCAAGUGAUGUAUGGAUUCCAAGUAUGAUGUAACUUGUGGAUCUG